UUAGCUGAACAGCUUGAGCUUGCUUAUAGCGUUUUUUUCAUAUUUGACAAUAAUUAUACAGUAAAAGCUAAAAUUACUCAAAAUUAGUUUUCACUGUGGGUUUUCGCUCAAAAUAACAUCGGUUCAAAUUGAGACUUUAAAAUAAGUUGUCACUAAAAGAUCUCCCUUCAACAACAGAACUACAGACCAGAAGCAAAAGAUUACGGGUGGUUAAUUGCGGUGGUGAAUGCUGAUCAGUGGAGGAGCCCACAAUGGCGAAAGUAAUUGAACCAAUUGCUCAUCUAUCACUGCGAAUUGUCCGCCAUUGCUUGAAAAGCUCGUCCAUAAUCCUCUCUUCGGCCAACAAGCCUGCUAACUGGCAGAUUUCGCCAUUUUCAUCGACAGCCAAUACUGCACAUUCGGUACGAUGGAUGUGCUCAUCACCCUUGACAAACUACACGAAAGAGAAGGAGAAGGACACAACGACAAAGAAGGCGCCCAAAAAGACUCCAGCAAGUAAACCCAAGAAAAUUGUCGACCCCGAAAAAUUAAAGAGAGCACAGACGGUGAAACAAUAUCAUAAAAUCAAUAAAGAGCUCUUUGGCGAAUUGUUGGAGACGAGCACGCAGAAAGCUAAACGCAUUAAAAAGGAAACUAAUCCUAAGAAGACCAAGAAGAAACUUGUUGCAGUCUCGGAGCCACCACUCAGGGAUGAUGAUUACUAUUUAAACCCGAUUUUGGACGACGGCCAUGUUGUCCCAGAACAAGAUGAGAAACUCGAAAAGCACCACCAAAUCAUUUCAAUCCCAUUUCCAAGAUCAUCAUCAAGGUACAGCUCCCCAAAGACGAGUGAUGAUAUUGAUGAUGACAUCAAAUCCGAUCAUCAUCCAGCCGUGAAUUCUAUUCCACGUUUACCCAGCGUUUCCAAAAUCCUAAGCUCGACAAUGCCCAAAGAACAAGCUGCAGCGUUGGAACGAUGGCAGGCUAAGAUGAUUUCUCAAUUGGGUGAAGAAGGAUUCCUUGCCUACAAAGAAAAUAUGCUGAACAACGGAAAAAUGCUGCACAGCAAUAUUGAAACUUUCCUCCGUGGGACUCCGAUGAAGGAAAUUGUCGUGCCCGAGUCAAUAGCUGGACAUUGGAAAAGUUUGACGAAUAUUUUGCCCUUGGUGGAAAAGGUACUCGUCUUGGAAAGCAGCGUUGUUCACCCCAUUCACAAAUAUUGUGGGAUUGUGGAUUGUGUUGCUUUGUUCGAGAACAAAUUAGUCGUAAUCGAUUGGAAAACUUCUAUAAAACAAAAGCCAUUCGUUUCGAUGACUUACGAUACGCCUCUCCAGAUCGCUUCGUACAUAGGUGCCAUCAAUUAUGAUCAAAACUACUCACUUCCAAAGAUCACUGAGGGUCUUAUCGCCAUUGCCUAUGAGGAUGGGAAACCUGGUCACACGUUCGCACUCAAGCCUGGAGAUGUUGACCAAUACUGGGACAAGUGGCUGUUGCGGCUAAAAGCAUUUUACGCUCUCCAAGAGACCGACAACAAUGAUUCUCGCUGAUGAUUGUCUUUUUACUCGUGGAUAAUGUAAUACCUUUUGUAUUCUGCUUUGAUUAAAUAAAAGUAUCAUUGCGUCGGAUCUCUUCUGUUCUGUUCCCAUUAUCUUUCUCCCACGUAGUAAAGAAGAGAAGAUGGUCAGUUAUGAUGACGACUGGAGAGAUUUUGUAACCCCAAUUCAGAGAUAAAAGCGUAGUUUAAUGAUGCAGGUGUAUGUAUAUGUAAUAUGUGUAUAAAAAAGUGUACAUGAUCCAAAAUAAAUGGAAACUGGAGUCACGACUUUGGAAAAA